AGUAUAACAAUUUGAAAAUUUCCCAGAGAAGGCCCUUUCUCAAAAAAAAAAAAAAAAAAAAAUUCCCAGAAAAUAAUAAAAAUAGUUCAUAAGCAAGCGAGUGGAAACCACCCAGAAGGAACUGCGUGUCUUCAUCAGCCAAUUUGUUACAUUAUAUAAACUCAACAUUCAUAUUUUCUCCUACACUACAUCGAAAUAAAACGAUAAGGAAUCUCCUCUACACAGGAUUGGACUUAUAAACAUAACAUCAAACGUCGUGUCGUAUUCAACAAUGCAACGUUCAUUGGAGAUUGAGUUAAUCUCAGCGGAAGGGCUCAAGGUAGAUCGUAAACCGGUGAAGAGAAAGACAUUCUGCGUCGUCAGAAUAGAUCAGAAGACUCGGGUUUGUAAACUUGAUGACUUGGGUGGGAGUUGUCCCACUUGGAAAGACAAAAUCGAGAUGGACAUGCCGAUAAACGGUAGUGUUACGUUUAUCUCUAUCGAGGUGUUAUAUCUAACAAGUGGUGGUGCCAAGAAGAACGUUGGGUACGCAAAGAUUCCUGUGACAGAUUUCAUGGGAGGAUUUUCUCCUCGAGGGCAUGUGAAUUUCUUGAGUUACAGGUUGAGAGACGAGUAUGGCGACAAAAGUGGAAUAGUUAACGUGUCGAUAAUGGUGAAACCCGACUGUAACGAUGUUAAAUAUUCGUCUCCGUCGCCUUCUUCGAUUGUGGCUCCGGUGGACUAUGCGGCGUGUUCUUCUCAGGCUGCGGUGAAUGGUCAAAUGUGGAGACCGAGGACAUCUUCAUCAAUGGCAGUGACGGCUGGUUAUGGUGGUGGUGUAGUAACCGGAGUUCCUGUAUGGUUUAACAAGAACAAUCAGACGUUUAAUGGUUAGAGAACAUGUAGGCCUAGCUCAUGCUAUGAGCUGGGUUGGUUCCUCUCCGGAUGGAGCUGUGAGGAUACGAGCGCAUAAUGAUGGACUGGAUUUCCUCUCAAAGAGGUUGGUGCGCAUUGCUCUCUUAUUUUUGUAUUCCAUAAGAUAUUGUCUCUUUUCUUUUCUAAAUUAAAGAUACAUUUAUGUAAUAAUGGGUUGAACUGCUCUCUAAAGAUAAACCUAAAAUUUAAAAUAUUAAUUUCUUCUUCUAAAGUUCAAAAAAAAAAGGGGUUGAACUGCAUAGUGACUGGAAACUAUCAUAUAUUCUUCAACUUUUGUCGUAAUUAGCACUCUGAUAAAUGAUAAUAAAGUAUCAAUAUCAGCAUAUUAUCAAUGUUCUAAACACUUAUAGACUACAAUUAGGCACAAAGCAAUUUCUUGCUACUUGAUUUGGAUCAUUAAUGUAGUUUGAUUAGUACUCACACUUCACUAUUUGAAUAAAAUAGUCGUUUUAUCAAGUACUCUU